UCUUCUUCUCUCUCUCCCAGCUUCCCACGGUCGUUUCGAGCCCUCGCGCAACGUUAGGGUUCCCGCCAUUGUUGCGGAAUCUGCUCGGAUCGUCAAGGCGAAACCACCGACCAGAGAGCUCCAUUGCUUCCUCUACAGACGCUGGCGAUCGAAGCUUCAGAUUUUUUCCUCCGACCACGAAGCGUCGACGUUGAACUUCCGUCCAGCUGCGAUCUAGAGGUAACCACUUUCCUGAUUCGAAAGGUUGGUGCUUGACUUUGGGCUGAAGCUUGGGUAGCAGUCCUUUAAUUGUGAAUUUGAUAGGAAUACCGGCGGGUUUCUGUGACCAUCCGAGAACCGGAGCGGGACCGGUCGGUCCGAUUAUCGGAUGCACAGGGUCGGUUCUGGCUUCCACAAACUCGGAACCGAUCCUGUUCGAUCUGGUUACCGGUUCCUCCGUGGGAACCGACCGAUGACUCCUAAACGCCAGAAAGAAACAAAAGUGGCAGCACUCGACCUAGGGCUCCAAAUAUUCUCUUUCGCUCUCUGAGAAAUUUUCCGGGAGAAUUCCCUCUGCAGAGGAAGAGGAUGGACGGAAAACUGGAGGUGUCUCUCGAUAAGCUGCCCGUGAAGCGCUUGGAAUUCAUUGAAGAGAGCGGCGUCGAACGAUUCCCCACUGAUGUCAGUUAUGAUGAAAAGAAGCUCUCCCUGAUUCGGCGGAUUGAUUUUGCGUGGGCCUUGGAGAAGGAUGACAAUAAAAAGCAGAAGAAGAGUACGAAGGAGAGCUCAACUCCGUGGCAAUGGCAGAGCAUGGUUGAGAAUUUGCAGUUGGCUCAACAAGAGCUUUCUGUCAUCAUUGAUCUAAUCAACACCGUCGAAGCGAAUGAUGCUGUCACAGUUGCUAGCAUCACCAGGCCAAAGCCAUUGCCAACUGAAGUUUUGUCUGACCUAGCUGUAUCUGCAGCAACCAAGCUACAGUGCUACCGGCAUCUUGGUAAAUAUUUCAAGCAGUCUGCCAAAGCUUUGGAGCAACAGGUUGCUAAAGAGGCUAGAUUCUACGGGGCACUCAUCAGAUUGCAGCAAAACUGGAAAGUUAAAAGGCAGCGCGUGGCGGCUUCUGCUCCUGGUGGUGAAAGCUUCACCAUCGAUUUGUUUGACAAUUCAAUUACUGAUCCAACGACUGUUAUUCGCCCAUCCUCUCUCUCUCCUUUACGUGUUGAUCAUGACUCAGCCGGUAUGUUGGCCAUAAAUGUACCUCCAAAAUCCUGUCACACUCUGUGUUUUGAUUUUAUUGGUGCCCAAUCGAGUAAAAGCUCAAGGGGUUCCAGUGAAGCCCAAACUGAGCAUCUUGAAAGGGAAGAUGGUGAUGAACCCAUGGGUGAUGAUGAAAGUGUCAAGAAAACACACUCCACCCUUCGUAAUUUUCACCGGGCAAUAUUUGACGAACAGGUGUUUGAUUUAGUCAAUCGUGAAGCAUAUAAUCCAUCUUUGGGAGUCAACGUGACAGGAAUAGAAGAAAAUUAUUUACAGCUCAGCUUAGGUCAAGGAACAUCGAUAUGCAUAUCACUUGUGCCAACCACAGAAGAUCAAUCUGUUGAAACUGGAGGGACGCAGAAGAUAGAAACAGCACCUUUAUCCUUGGAUUCUCUUGAGGGAAUUAGGUCAGCUGAAAAAGUUGGCUGCCUUGUAAAAAAGAAGACUCCUAAUCAUGCCAGUUAUGAGAUUUAUCUUCAACAGAUUUUCCAUGAUCAUGUCUUUGUGAGAUCAAAAGAUAAACCAAUUUCUGCUGUUCCUAGAGUGUCUGGUCAAUCAGCGAAGGAUGGUUCUGGUCUUCUUGGUCAUUUCUGCAUGUCUCUGGCCCACAGGAUUUUCUCUAACAGGGUUCUGAUGGAGCUGGAGCAUGUGGUUUCUCGGGUCCCAUAUCUUAACUUGAUGUCUCAACCUUCUUGGCAUUCUCGGACAUCUUCAUGGACACUUUAUAUGAAGGUUCCUGAGUCAAUUCUUCACGCAGGCUGCCGAAAGGAUAUUAAUCAGCCAAAACACAUUAAAACUCAGUUUAGGACCAAAAUAGUGGUGACUGAUGAUUGCAUAAAAGUAGAAGGAGAAGGUGCUCCCAAUGUUGUUGGCCUGUUCAAAGGGACUGCUGAGGACAUUUCUUCUAUAAACAGAUACGAUUGUGACUUAGCAGAUCUUCCAGUGAUUAUUUUGCAGCAGGUUGCGAGCCAAGUUAUUCGAUGGCUUCAUGAGGAGGCUCUUAUGGUUGGAAUAAAGGCAACAAGAGACUUUUUGUGCCUAUCUUUUGAGCUGGAACAGGGGGAGAUGCUCAGUCUUUUGGCUCAAGUGGACCCGGAAGAUACCUAUGGAUGCAUAUCGUGGUGGCUUGUCAUGGAUGAUGGUUUCUCAGAUGAGCGGAAACUUCAGAUGGAGUACUCCGAUAAUGCCAAUGAAUAUAGGAAGUUCUUGGGUCAUUUAUCACUAGACGCGUUGUAUUCAACCCUCAUGGACUUGGUUACCUUGUGCAAUGGCGGUGCAAACCAUUGACUGUGCAUGUCCACCAGCUAACUUAACUGAAGCUCCUCGUUACAUGUUUUUUUUUAAGUCCUCACAAGUAGCAGAGGGGCUGUGUUAUACGCUCUAACUAACUUAUAGCAUAUGCUAAUGCUCGGAGGCAGUUCAUGCAUAAUGUAUAAAGCAGCUGGUGGCUCUUUCGCA